UUUUUUUUUUUUUUGGUGGUUUCUAUUGGUCGCUUGCUAAGCGAAAGUGGAAGAAGGAAAGAAUUAAACUGGAUUGUAGGCCUCGUGUCACACACGCACACGAUAAAGCGGAAAAAACCUGAAACUCGCUUAUUUGGUUGGGGUGAAUUUGGAGUUGAUUGAGUAACCUCUUGAGACCUCGCCUACGCAGAACCACACUGGGUUUGUUUGUGCUGGUAGUCAGGGUAACAACCUGCUUUGCUUUUUGUCUAAAAAAGCGCAUAUCCACCUGUUACUGUUUGUGGUCCAAAGCCUUGCUAGGUGUAAGCUGGACUUGCUUUUGAUUUGCACAUCACUCCCACGAUAUACUUGCAGCAGAGAAGAUGACAUGGCUUGCCUUGUACCAGCCAGCAUGCUUGAGGUUUUCCUCCUAGGAUCUUGCCGGCAGCACUUUGCUUUUGUGAACAGUUGGUUUGACUUUGCCAGAACACACAUUUUUCAUCUGAGGUGGAUGGAAUAGUGUAUUCACAUACACAGGGACAGAUUGUUUGCUUGUUCUUUGCAUUAUGAACAAUUUUAGUCCUUCUUGUUUCUGAAACAAACAGCUGACUUUAUGGUUAGUGGUCAACAACGCAGUGCCAGGUGGAGGCUGGUGAGAGACUGUAGCUGCUGAACAGAAGUUCUGCCUAGAACUGUUUCCUUGUCAAGUGGAAACUAUUAAGGCAUCUUUGUUUUAAGUUAGAGGGUGGUGAAGAAGACCUUGUUACAGUCUCAAGGCCUUGAGGUGCAACUACCUUACAACUGCUCUUUUCUCCCUCCCGCCCCUUUAAUGUUUUUAAACAGGGUGUGCUUAGAAGAGAGAAAGUUUCUGCUGUGUACUUGUGUCCAAGCAACUUCUCUAUUGAUACUUCCUUUGUUAACUGCAUGGUAAAACAGCUUCUGGGAUUAUCAGUUUGGUGACAACAUCCAGAGGUAGCUUUUGAGAAAAUGUGGACUGCUAAAAGUAGCGCUCAAAUACUGUUGCUUCGAUUGAAAGAAGGCAGAUUGUGUAGUUGCAUGUUUCCAAAAACUCAGCAGUUCUGGAUUGGAAUUCUAAACUAUUGCACCAUAAAAGCAGCAGAUAACAGAAUUAAAUUCCAGGUUUCCAAGGUAAAUGAUAAACGAUCAGUAGUAGAUGCAAGAGUGGCUACUAGCACAGAAGGAACUAAAAUAGCUGCUGAAAAAAGUCCCAGUGGAGUAUAUGAUGGAAACCAAGAUUCAUUAGAAGCAAAAAUGAAACGUAUCAACCUGUCAUUUGCAGCGUGUGGGUUUCUGGGUAUUUACCACUUGGGGGCAGCAGCUGCUUUUUACAGGCAUGGUAAGAAGCUACUGAAAGUUGUGAAAGCUUUUGCGGGAGCUUCAGCGGGAUCACUGGCUGCCACUGUCCUAUUAGCAGUACCAGAAAAUAUAGAGAAGUCUAAGCAGUUUGCCUAUGGAUUUGCAGAGGAAGUUAGAAAAUUGGACUUCGGUGCUGUAACGCCUGGUUAUGAUUUUAUGAAAACACUUAGGGAAGGCAUAGAGUCUAUACUUCCUUCUAAUGCUCAUGAGAUAGCUGAGAACCGGCUCUAUGUGUCAGUCACUAACACCAAAAAUGGGGAAAAUCGCUUGGUUUCAAGUUUUGCCUCCAGGGAGGACCUCAUUAAGGUCCUGCUAGCAAGCAGUUUUGUACCAGUAUAUGCAGGAAUUAAGCCAGUGGAAUAUAAAGGAGAGAAGUGGGUUGAUGGUGGCCUUACCAAUGGCCUUCCUAUCUUGCCAGUUGGAAGAACUGUGACGAUUUCUCCUUUCAGCGGUCGAUUAGACAUCUGUCCACGAGAUAAAGGACGUGUGGAUCUUUAUGUUAAAUUUGCAAAACAUGAUAUAAUGCUGUCUCUAGCCAACCUGGUAAGACUUAAUCAAGCUCUGUUUCCACCAAACCAGGAAAAAAUGGAAUCAUUGUACCAAAACGGAUUUGAUGAUACUGUACAUUUUUUACUGAAAGAAAACUGGUUUGAAUAGAUGGUACUUAGAAGAUUAACAAAACCUUAUGGCUGUCAAAACACAGCUACAGAUAUCCUACAGAAUUGAAAGGAUGGCUGUUCUAAUUCCAGUUUAUGGAAAUAAAAAUUCCAGUGGAAUUGCAGCUGCUUCUGCCAAGAAAGUAUGACUCCGAAGACCAGUAUAAACAUGUCAGAAUGGAAUUUGAACUUACUUGGUACCUGUCUUGUUUUGAGGAGAUUCAAGCCUGGAUUUUGCUUCAGCUGAGGACUUGAGUGUGGGAUUUGGAAAGAGCUCGUGUUGUCAUGAUUGAAGAAAUUUGGAAAAGUCUUUUUUGAUGUUAUCUGAGGGACAAAUCGAGGUUGUACCAUAAAAUAUUACAAUCUAUAUUGCUCACUUCAUGUAAUAGUUGCGUGUUCAAUUUGGAAGCUUGCAAUAUUGCUGGUCUAAUACAUAUAUUGCAGUGUUCUGACGACUUGAACACUUAGCAUUAGCCACAAUAAAUAAAACUAAUUUUCACUCUUUUACUCUGAUAUGUGUUAUUUUUCAACAUUAAAAGCUCUUGCAUUUUUCAGUGAAUUUGAAAUACUAGUUGAAAUUUGUAACAGAAAUGUGGUUUAAAUGUAAAAAUAUCAUGUAAAGAAGGAUGUAAAAAAUUGUUAUAUUUAUUAUGUUUUCUUCCUCUGCUAAAAUUGAAUAAAUAUAUUUUCUUGAAA